AUGAGAAUUAUUUUAGACAUUCGCAGAUCAAGUAAAAGAAUCCAUUCUUACCUGUCUUCUUCAGAUGAACAUCCCAAGAGAGAACAUGAAGUCCUAUCUAGAAAGGUAAUAUCGUUAAUCUUCGUUGGGCAAAACUCACGUAACAGAAAUAGAGACAGCAAAGAUGGAAUUGCGAAUAAUAGCCACCAUGAUGGCAGCAGAAAACGCGGGUUGAUAAGCCGUAAAAACGACUCAUUCAAUCUUUCUUUUUUCUUUUUCUCCAUUUUUUCUAUUUCAUUCUUUUCUGUUACUUUCUUUUCUAUUUCUUUCUUUCUUUCUUUCUUUCUUUUUCACUUUCUCUAUUUCCUUCCUUUCUUUUUUCUUUUUCCCUUUUCCGCUUUCCCUCUUUUUCUCCUUUUACCUUUAGUCUUUCUCUUUUUCUCAUUUCCUCUUUCUUUCUUUCUUUUCCUUACUCUAUUUCCUUUAUCUCUUUUUUUCCUCUUCUCCUUCUCACUCACUCCCACUCCUGUUAUCGAACUGUUUCCUUUUUCUAUCACUUUAUUUAUUUGA